AAAUGUAAAUAAAACAAAGCUCUCCAGCGCAGAAAAAAGGAACCCCAAAUCACCAACAGCAGUACAUAAUUUAUCGAUUUUCCUACAAUUUAACACUGCUACAAGCGACGUAAAAGUUCUCAAUAAUGGAGUCGGACACAACUAGCGAUGCGAAAAGGAAACUACCAGCCUAUUACUACCUGCAACCUUCCAAGAAUGGCGAUGAAGAAGCGGAAGAGGAGCUGUACGAUUCCAACGGAACACACAUUACGUCCGACUACCUAAACGAUGUGGUCGCCGAAUCCAUGUCGGACAUGUACGCCGUCGUGCAGCCGGUCUCUUCCGACACCCCACAGUAUCGGUGUAACGAGUGCGAUAAAAUUCUUCCCAACACGGGCCACUUGAUAGCGCACAUCGUGGUGCAUACGGGUGAAAAUCCGUAUUUAUGUAGCCUUUGCCAACGAUCGUUCGCAAACUCAACGCGGCUUAAGUUGCAUCUGAAAACGCACUGCAUCAAAAAAUUGCACCCAGGAUUGACGGUGACAAGAAUUACGAAGAGUGUUCCAGUGUCGCCACCUGUGUCGUCUACCAGCAUUGUGGGAAAUGUGGAUCAAAAUCCAAGUAUUGUGAAACCAGCCACAUUCCGUUGCAUUGAGUGUGAGCAGACACUACCGAAGGACACGCUUUACCGGCACAUGAAGCAGCAUCUACAGGAGAAAAAUAUUUUCUCACAAAAACCACCACACAAAUGCAGUCAUUGCGGCGAAACAUUUCCUAAAGUUUCAACAUUACAGUUACACCAGGAAUCUUGUCAAACGUCUUCUAUAAAGGUGACAUCGGAGGUGGAUCUGGUGCCGAUUAACAAGCAAGAUCCGUGCUCUAACUUUAAAAAACAGAUCGAAUCAAAUCCCAUCCUAUCGGGACUGCUAAUGAAGGAAUCACCAGAACCUCCACUCUCUGUUACCACAAUCGAAGUAGAUCACCAAGAUCCAUCCCAGCCUGAUGAUACGCCCGAGAGUGUUGUACAAAAAUGUCUUAAAGAGGAAUUGCAGGAGCAUGACGAAGCAAAAAUGGAGACAAACGAACUGCCUCAAGGGGAUGUGCCAUCUGACCUACCUGAUAGCAUGAUCAAAAAUACCUCCGCAGGAGUUGGAUUCGUCAUCAGUUCGGUAGCUACCGUAGAUCAACAAUUUCUCGAAAAUCUCGCCCAAAUGGAACUGCAAACACGGACACCGGAGCUGGAAGAAAUGGCCCCGGACGAUUCGGAAACUCUACCAUUACCAACAGCAUCGCUUCCCAGCUUCAAUUCGGCCACAUCGACGACCUGUGGUCUGUGCGGUAAAUCGUUUGGCGAAAAAUUUGGCCUUCGACAGCAUAUGCGCAUCAUGCACUCCGAUACCAAACCGUUCAAAUGUCCCGAGUGUAGGAAACGGUUCGCCAAAGAGAACUCACUUUUGAUUCAUCUGCGCGUACACGUAAGCAAUCGUCCAUUUAUGUGUAUUGUGUGCUAUAAAACGUUCACCCGCGCAACAGCACUGAACGGCCAUUUGUCUUCCCAUUCGCACGAGCCACUAAAGUGUUUCUCCUGCGAAGAGACACUACCGAACGUGCAGAAGUAUGCGUACCACAUCGAGAUAGCUCAUCCUCAAUUCCCGGAAGUAUUGUACCGGAUACGAGCGGAAAAACCGGAACACGAGCGGACAAAGCUGUUACGGCAGCUGUUACUUCAACAUCGGCCUGCUUCAUCAACCCAUGAAACCUGAUCAAACUAUUGAGGAAUUGAUGCGUUAAUUGCUAAGUUUGUGGAGUAUCAAGAAAUCGGGAAAAAAAAUUGAUUAUAAAGUAAAUAAUUUAUUGGAUAAUCUAUAAACAAACACCCAGUGUAAGGUAGAGGAGUAGUUCGAUCUAAUGUAACGAAAACUUCAGUGCACACUAGAUCCAUUUAGGAAAAUGAUCAGCUAGUGAAGAUUCUCAUGAAAGAUAUUUCUUGAUCACCCUCGUUAAUUUUCAAUGAUGUAAUUAAUGAUAAAGGACGUUGAUAGCAAUACGUCCUGGUCGUUCUUCUUAAAUAAAAAUCAAAGCAGGGUAGACUCGAACGAGGGUUCGAGUUUAUCGCGUAAAAAUCUCUCAAAAUACUGAAUU